AUUUCCAACAACUUGCGUUUAUUGUGUUAGCGCUUGUAUUUUUCAGCUGCCUUUGGAGUCUUCUCCGAACAGCGGCUUUUCAAUUUCCUCUCAUUAAUUUUCUAUUAUCAGACGCGUCGGCUUCUCCCAGAUCUUCAGUGGACGACUUUUCUUCUUCAAUUUCAUACUUGGUCAACUCUUUUAUUCAAUUACUUUCACUUUCAUCCAUUUCUUUACGCUUUCCAAUCCAUUUUUUUAAUCCCCACUCUCUCUUUCGUCGAAUUUUACAUUGUUUUGCAAGUUGUUCGAUUCAACCAAUCAUGUUAUUGCCCAUCAAACUGCCCACGUUUAAAUUUCAAGUCUAUUUGCUCUAUUGUUUAUUUAACGGGUCAGCCGAUGUACAGAGCUAUUUGCCAAUUUUGAAGCAGAUAAUCAAUAAUAUUCAUCUUCUUCGACCAACCCAGAUUCAGAUUUGUAGAUUUUUGUUUCCUUUAUCUCUAGAGCAUCAAACUCUUCUGUAUUCCUAAUUUGAUCUAGAGCAAGUGCUUGGAAUUUCUGAAAUCUGUUUAUUGGAGCUUGAUCUUCCAUAGUUCUAUGGCUGGUCGUAUUUUUGAGACCUUGUCCUUUGGUGGGUCGCAACAUGGUCAGGGUAACCAAUCUUUGCCAUUUUCAUCUGCUAAUGCAUCAUUGAAGUUUUUGCUCUUGCAUGGUUAUUUGGACAUUUGGGUCAAGGAAGCCAAGAACCUUCCUAAUUUGGAUAUGUUUCACAAGACUCUUGGAGAUAUGUUUUCGAGAGUAUCUUUCAAGGGUUCAAAAAAGAGUGAAGGGCAAAAGUCUGAGAAAGUGACCAGUGAUCCCUAUGUGACGAUUUCUGUAUCAGGUGCUGUAGUUGGAAGAACUUUUGUGAUUGAUAAUAAUGAGAACCCUGUUUGGAUGCAGCAUUUUAAUGUUCCUGUGGCUCAUUAUGGUGCUGAAGUGCACUUUGCUGUGAAAGAUCAUGAUGUUGUGGGAUCACAAAUCAUGGGUGUUGUUGCAAUUCCAGUGGAGCAAUUGUAUUCUGGAACCAAAGUUGAGGGAACUUACCCAAUCUUGAAUAGCAGUAGGAAGCCUUGCAAGCCUGGGGCAGUCUUGAGUUUGUCAAUUCAGUAUGUUCCCGCGGACCAGGCGGCCAUUUUUCAAGGUGGAAUGUAUGCGUCUCCUGAUCACCAGGGGGUGUCUGGGACAUAUUUUCCCCUUAGGAAAGGGGGUAAUGUUACAUUGUACCAAGAUGCCCAUGUUGAGGAUGGCUGUCUUCCAACCGAUUUCAGGCUUCACGGCGGGGUUGGAUAUGAACAUCGGAGCUGUUGGCACGACAUCUCCGAAGCAAUUAGUAACGCUCGCCGUUUAAUCUAUAUUACGGGCUGGUCCGUAUACCACAAAGUUGGACUUGUUAGAGAUGGCAAGGACACAGAAUGCAUAUUAGGGGACCUUCUCAAAGCCAAGUCACAAGAAGGAGUAAGAGUAUUGCUCCUCAUAUGGGACGAUCCAACUUCAACGAGUAUGUUGGGAUAUAAAACGGUUGGUAUGAUGAAUACGAAUGAUGAGGAGACUCGUCGGUUUUUUAAGAACUCCUCAGUCCAAGUGAUUUUAUGUCCGCGAUCGGGUGGAAAAGGUCAUAGCUGGAUUAAAAAACAGGAAGCUGGAACCAUCUAUACCCACCAUCAGAAGACAGUUAUUGUGGAUGCUGAUGCUGGCAAUUACAAAAGAAAAAUUGUGGCUUUUGUUGGAGGUCUUGAUUUAUGCUUCGGCCGAUACGAUACUUCGAGACAUCCUAUUUUCAGGACAUUGCAAACUACACACAUUGAUGACUAUCAUAAUCCUAAUUUUACGGGACCAACUGAUGGCUGCCCAAGAGAACCAUGGCAUGAUUUGCACUCUAAAAUCGACGGGCCAGCGGCAUACGACGUCCUUGCAAAUUUUGAGGAGCGCUGGUUGAGAGCCUCGGAGCCUCAUGGGCUUAAAAAGCUAAAAAAGUUAAAUGAUGAUGUAUUGCUCAAAAUUGAAAGAAUUCCUGAAAUUUUGGGAAUUGCUGAUGUUUCUCGAUUGUGUAGUAAUGAUCCAGAAGCUUGGAACGUCCAGGUUUUUCGCUCAAUUGAUUCCAAUUCCGUGAAAGGAUUUCCUACCAAUCCAAAAGAUGCUAUAAGUAGGAACUUAGUAUGUGGAAAAAAUGUCAUGAUUGACAUGAGUAUACACUCAGCAUACGUUAGUGCGAUUCGUGCUGCUCAACGCUUCAUUUAUAUCGAAAACCAAUACUUCCUUGGCUCGUCAUAUAAUUGGAGUGCUCACAAAGACUUGGGGGCUAAUAACUUAAUACCAAUGGAAAUUGCCCUUAAAAUUGUGGAGAAAAUCAAAGCUAAAGAAAGGUUUUCGGCAUACGUGGUUAUCCCUAUGUGGCCAGAAGGUGUUCCUACAAGCACUCCUAUUCAAAGAAUUCUUUACUGGCAGAGUAGGACAAUGCAAAUGAUGUAUGAAAUGAUAUACAAGGCUUUAGAGGAGGUUGGACUUCACAAAAUAUAUGAGCCUCAAGACUACCUGAAUUUCUUUUGCCUCGGAAAUCGUGAGGUGCUCGAUGUCAGAGACGGUGUUGAAGCCGGGAACGGAGAGAAGAAUCCUCAAGCACUUGUUCGCAAGAGUCGACGUUUUAUGAUCUACGUUCAUUCAAAAGGAAUGAUAGUAGACGACGAGUACGUCAUAUUGGGAUCAGCAAAUAUCAAUCAGCGGUCGCUUGAAGGUACAAGAGACACCGAAAUAGCAAUGGGGGCAUAUCAGCCUCGCCAUACAUGGUCGUCAAGCAAACGGUCAAGCCCACGCGGUCAGGUCUAUGGAUACAGAAUGUCAUUAUGGGCAGAGCACACGGGGACUAUUGAGGAAUGUUAUGAGAGGCCAGAGAGUAUUGAAUGUGUUAGAAGAAUCAGAUCAUUGGGUGAGAGAAACUGGAGACAAUUUGCAGCUGAGGAAGUGACUGAAAUGAGAAGUCAUCUUCUCAAAUAUCCACUCCAAGUUGAUUCUACAGGUAAGAUCACUCAUCUUCCUGGUCAAGAAACCUUCCCUGAUCUUGGUGGCAACAUAUUGGGAACAUUCGUUGCCAUCCAAGAAAAUCUCACAAUUUGAUUCAUUCCACUCAGUGCCCUUUUUGUUUGUAGAGAAUUCUUUUUCUGUGCUGAUUAGUGUGUGUACUGUAUUAUAUGAUUCUUUCGAGAACAUUUGAAUCAAUGUCUGAAAUCUUCUUUCUCCCUCUCACUAAUGGUUUUGGUUAGGAGCUCAAUGAUCAAUCUGGUUUUGUUGCUCUUGUACAGACUCUGAACGAUACGGGUUGUUGUUACAGUUGCACCCCUCGAAAAUUAGUAAAAUGUUGAAAUCAGAUUUAGUAUGAAUUUA